AUGUGGGAGAGUGAAAGAAUCCCGGAAUCCUGGAAGCAGAGGAUAAUUAUAAAAAUCCCGAAGGUGCUGGCACUUAUAAUUCUGUCCAGAAUUGAACCGAAAAUUGAAAAAACUAUACGGGAAGAGCAAGCUGGGUUCAGGAAACAAAGGGAAUGCAUAGACUACUCAAACACUCUGAGAUUAUUUGUGGAACAAUCGAUUGAAUGGAAAUCCCCAUUAUACAUAACAUUCGUUGACUUUGAGAGAUCAUUCGACACAGUAAGGCGAGAGGCCAUACGGAAAGCAUUAACUAGUAGAGGAAUACCACAAAAAAUAAGCAAACUCAUACAAGCUCUUUACAAAGAUGCUGAAGUUAGAGUCCUCCAUAAUGGUAAAUUGAGUGAACUACUACGCAUCGAAGCUGGUGUUGUACAGGGUUGUCCACUCUCUCCCUAUUCAACAUAG